UUGAAACUUCCGGGUGUUGCAAUCAUCUUUGUCCCCUUCAAAAAUGGCGAGUCUUGCCGCCGCUGCAGCCGCCGCUGCUGCCGCGGCUGCUAACAGAGACCCCGCGGUCGACCGUUCAUUACGCUCGGUGUUUGUGGGAAACAUUCCUUAUGAAGCAACCGAAGAACAGUUAAAAGACAUCUUCUCUGAAGUCGGACUUGUUGUUAGCUUCAGGUUGGUGUAUGACAGGGAGACGGGAAAACCAAAGGGUUAUGGCUUUUGUGAGUACCAGGACCAGGAGACUGCGCUCAGUGCCAUGCGCAAUCUCAAUGGCAGAGAGUUCAACGGACGCGCCUUACGUGUUGACAACGCAGCCAGUGAGAAAAACAAGGAAGAGCUUAAAAGUUUGGGAACAGGAGCCCCCGUCAUUGAAUCGCCAUUUGGGGACAGCGUGGCAACAGAGGAGGCUCCUGAGUCCAUUAGCCGAGCUGUGGCCAGUCUGCCACCAGAACAGAUGUUUGAACUUAUGAAACAGAUGAAGCUAUGUGUCCAAAACAGUCCCCAGGAGGCGAGGAACAUGCUGCUGCAGAACCCUCAGCUGGCCUAUGCCCUGUUACAGGCACAAGUGGUCAUGCGCAUCGUGGAUCCGGAGAUUGCCUUGAAAAUGCUUCACCGCCAAAACACACCCCAGCCGCUCAUCUCAAGUGCACAAGGGGGAGGAGCCGCUCCGGUCAAUCCACCUGCCCUGCCCAACAUGGCCGCCCCACAGCAGCAGCCUGUGGCAGGGAUGCACGUCAAUGGAGCACCUCCGAUGAUGCAGCCUCCCAACAUGGGUGUUGUGCCUGGACCUGGACCAGUGCCAGCCCCGGGUCCCAGUGCCCCUCCAGGAAACCUCCAGCAUUCCCCCACAGGAUCAUCUGCACAAGCUGCUAUCGAGCGGCCUCAAGGAGGAGGCGGCAUCCCUCCCAGAGGCCUUCUGGGUGACGGACCCAAUGAUCCACGAGGAGGCAGCCUGCUGUCGGUCACAGGCGACACCAUUGACCCCAACCGAGGCUACAUGGGAGCGCCUCCGCCCCACGCCCCACCUCCGGUGCACAUGGGCCCAAUGGGAGGCGGACCGCCGCCGGAUAUGCGAGGGCCACCAAUAGACAUGAGAGGGCCGCCAAUGGGCGAACCACGCAGUAUGAUGGGUGACCCCAGAGGGCCUCCGAUGAUGGAGCAGCGGGGACUGCCGAUGGAAGCCAGAGGCCGCGAUCCCAGAGCGAUGGACGCCCGCGGCCCCGUGGCAGGCCAGAGAGUUCCCAUGGCGGGAGCAAUGCAAGGCCCCAUCCCCCACAACAUGGGCCCCAACGCACCCCUGCCCACCCGGCCGGGUCCCGUAAUUUCGGGAGUUCCUCCUUCGGGAGCAGGAGGUGGCGGCUUCAGUCCGGCUCAAAACCAAGUUUCCACACAAGACCAGGAGAAGGCUGCCCUGAUCAUGCAAGUUCUCCAGCUGACGCCAGAACAGAUCGCCAUGCUGCCCCCCGAGCAGAGGCAGAGCAUCCUCAUCCUCAAAGAACAGAUCCAGAAAACCACCGGCGCACCUUGAUUGCCACCUGCGGUGCGUAAGGGGGCAGAACUUCUGACCUCCACCUGAAUUUGUCUCAUUAGUUUAGAUGGUUGUAUAGUUAAACAUUUUUCUCAUGUCUUUUUUUUUUUUUUUUUUUUGAUGACAUCCAACCCAAAAUGUGUGACCACAAAUAUUACCACAUCAUCCUUUUUUUUCCCCCCCAACUUCUCAUCAAUAAAACAAAGCUACUUAAAA